CACCUCCCCGGGGCGGCGGCGGAGCGCCGUGACAGCGAGGGCCGUGCCCGACUCCUUCCUCCGCAGCUCCGCGUCUGCCUCUCGGCGGAGAGCUGCCCGCAGCCCCGUCCGAGCGCUCCCGCGGGGAUGGCCGCGGCGGAGGGCGGUCCCGCGGGGCCGGGCGCUGAACUAUAGCGGCCCCGGCCUGCAGCAGACGCGGCGGGGCGCGGAGCUCGAGGCGGCCCUGCCCGGCUGCGGCUCAGCCCUAAUCGGCCCCCGGAGCCUAGCAGGCAUGGGCUGCUUCUGCGCCGUCCCGGAGGAAUUCUACUGCGAAGUUUUGUUCCUGGACGAGUCCAAGCUGACCCUCACCACGCAUCAGCAGGGCAUCAAGAAGUCAACGAAAGGGUCGGUUGUCCUGGGCUACGUAUUUCGUCACUUAAACCUAGUGGAGAUAGAUUACUUUGGACUGCGGUACUGUGACCGAAAUCAUCAAACGUACUGGUUGGAUCCUGCAAAGACCCUUGCUGAGCAUAAAGAAUUGAUAAACACUGGACCACCAUACACUCUGUAUUUUGGCAUUAAAUUCUAUGCAGAGGACCCAUGUAAACUUAAAGAAGAAAUAACAAGGUAUCAGUUUUUCUUGCAAGUCAAGCAAGAUAUCUUACAGGGCCGCUUGCCUUGUCCAGCCAACACUGCUGCACAGCUGGGAGCGUAUGUAAUUCAGUCUGAGCUGGGGGACUAUGACCCAUAUAAGCACACGGCAGGUUACGUCUCAGAGUACCGCUUUGUUCCAGACCAGAAGGAAGAGCUGGAAGAUGCCAUAGAACGAAUACACAAAACUCUGAUGGGUCAAGUUCCUUCUGAAGCAGAAGCAAACUACUUAGAGGUGGCCAAAUCCCUGGAAAUGUAUGGAGUGGAUCUCCAUCCUGUUUACGGUGAAAACAAAUCUGAAUAUUUUUUAGGAUUGACACCCAUAGGAGUUGUAGUCUACAAGAAUAAAAAACAAGUAGGAAAAUAUUUCUGGCCUAGAAUUACAAAAGUUCACUUCAAGGAAACACAGUUUGAACUUAGAGUCCUGGGAAAAGAUUGCAAUGAAACUUCCUUCUUUUUUGAGGCACGUGACAAGAUCACAUGCAAACAUCUCUGGAAAUGCUGUGUAGAACAUCAUACAUUUUUUAGAAUGCCAGAGAAUGAAUCAAGCUCUCUGUCAAGAAAAUUCAGCAAGUUUGGAUCCAUAGGUUAUAAACAUCGACACAGUGGCAGAAUGUCUUUUCAAAUGACCAGAGACCCUUCAAUUCAGCUCCCACGGCCUGACCAGUGCAUUGAAAGAAGUCGUAGUAAGACAUAUCCAAAAAGGAUGCAACAGACAGGAUCUAGUGGCAUGAACCAGAUUACAACAAAUGGGGAUAAUGAAGGAACUACGAAAAUUGUUGCACCUUCCCCAGUGAAAAGCUUUAAAAAUAUGAAAAAUGAGAACAGUCCAGAAACCCAAAGAAGUAAAACAAGUGCACCAUGGGAGGAAAAUGGCCAGCAGAGUGGGCUGUAUAAUUCCCCCAGUGACCGCAAUAAAUCACCGAAGUUUCCUUAUUCUCGGCGACGGAACCCAUCAGGUGGCAGUGAGAAUGAGUGUGGGCAGCCAGUCCGGAGGAGGAAAACCCAAAACAGUGGUGAAGAUUCAGAUUUAAAGCACAGGAGAAGAUCACGUUCUCGUUGUAACACCAGCAGUGGCAGCGAAUCCGAAAAUUCCAACAGAGAGCAUCGAAAGAAGAGAAACAGAUUACGGCAAGAAAAUGACAUGGUUGACUCAGCUCCUCAGUGGGAAGCUGUGCUACGGCGACAAAAAGAGAAAAGCCAGGCAGAUCCAAACUACCGGCGAUCCAGGCACAGAUCUCGAUCGAGAAGCCCAGAUGUACAAGCUAAAGAAGAACUGUGGAAACAUAUUCAGAAGGAACUUGUGGAUCCAUCUGGACUGUCUGAGGAGCAAUUGAAAGAAAUACCGUACACAAAAAUAGAGACUCAAGGCGACCCAAUACGCAUUAGGCAUUCACAUUCACCUCGAAGUUACCGUCAGUAUCGGCGCUCCCAGUGCUCUGAUGGUGAAAGAUCUGUUCUGUCUGAAGUGAAUGCGAAAAAUGAUCUGGUGCCUCCGCUGCCUGUUACACGAUCCUCAGAUGUUAAAGGUCCCAGCAUCCAAUUUACUCAACAGAGACGGAAUGGAUCUAAAGACAGCCUUUUAGAAGAAAAGUCUCAGCUAUCUACUAACAUCGAUAUUAAAACCACCACUAAAACGAUAAAAACUGUACAGGUGUCACGCUUGAAGGCAGAGACUUGACUGCUUCACUGGAGGAUGUUCUUUGGGAAAUAUGUGUGUGUGUGUUUGUGCGUGCAAGGGAAGGAACUGAAGUUGAAGUGAUGGCAGUUUCUACAGGACAUUCAGAAACACAGCCUGCUUGCUGGGAAGGCCAAGCAGUGCCUUUACCACCUGGACCAUUGUAGGGGCACGACUGAGGAGAAGCUGACUAGUGAGACAACCAGAAAAUCCUCACAAAAAAGAAUGAUCAGCAGUUACAUUUACAGAAAAAAAUAGCUGCAGAAAAAACAUGCUUUAUGGUCUCCUCUGUAACUGAAUAGCCUCUUUCCAAAAAAUGACUAUUAACUAACUUGAUCGGGACCAGAUGCUUCAAGAGAAGCAAAAUAAGUCAUAUUUUUGGCCAGUUGUGCAAUACAGUAUGAUUUGGAAAAAGAAUCAUCUUCACAGUUCCAUCUGGUGAUCAACUUGUGCCCUGAUACAUAAGGACUGCUAACUCUUACACAGUUUAUAGCACAACAAGAGAUGCUGGUGUUUUUAAUACUGUUGUCAACAGAAUCCAUUUUUUUAGCUCAGAAAUAAGUGAUGCAGUAAAGCCUUGUAGCAAAGAGUUCCACAAAUUGUACAGACUUAACACUCACUCAGCAAUUUUCAGUGUUCUGGAUGAUGAAUGUCCUUAUGUCCUUCUGUGUAGAGGGCUAAUUUAACUGAACAUUCCAUACCAUAAAAAUAUGUCUGUCAUUUUAUGGUAAACCAUACUGGAAAAAAUAGGGGAUAUGUACUUAUCUAUUGUAUUGUUUAGCGAUGCACUUAAGUAAUGAUUAAACAAAACUGGUAGAGUAGGAUUUAAGAGAGCUAGGAAAUAGCUCUUUUGAUUUUUAUUUUUUUUUAAAUGACUAGACUAGCAAAGCCUGCCUUAAUCUCUCUUAAUAUAAAAUAAUCAAUGCUGAUACCUUCUGUUACUCCUCUCUGAGCCAUUUCUAUGAUGAUAAAAUGACAAAGGCAGUAUUUCAAGUAUGAUUGUUGUAACUUUUUUCCUCUUUUCAGGGUAGGCAGAAUAAUUGUUAAUUAUGCUGCAGACUGAGCAUGUUAUCUUACACUGCAGAUCUGAAUCGAUGCCUGGGUCUUCUCAUGUCCUGUCACUUUGUACAAAAUGCAGAAGCCAUUCUUCUGCCACCCAUUUGUCCACAGUUGGGGCAGCCUGGAUUUGCUAAUUAUGAAACUUAGCAAAACAUUUUUUUACAUUUGUCCUCCAUAGGGUCAGCGUGUUAACUUUAGUGAUUCAUAGUGAUCCUGUCUUCUGCCCCCAGCAGCAUCAUACCAGGGGACUACAGCCCUUUCAGAAAAGCAAUACUAUUUGUGAACUGGAGUAUAUAUAUGGCACCAAAUUUAUGCUUUACAAAAGGCACAGCAUUUUCCCUAACAAAAGUGAGAAGUAAAAUCUUGCAUAAUGUAUUUUAUUUUUCACAGUUUUCCUAAAUUCUUUUAUGAACUGAGGUGGUCAAAUGGAUGCUGCUAGCUGGGAUGGUAGACAUAAUAUGUUGUAAACUCCCAUUACAACAGAUUUGUCUGCAGGCUGAGAGAUACUACAUUGUUGCAGGCAAGGCAGAUUCACCUGGUAAUAUCUUUUCUCUCAACAAGUACUUGGGACAGUGCUGCAUGUUCAGUAAACAGUUUUAAGAGAAGGAAAACAAUUAGAACCCAGCUGUGGUGCAAAUGCUGUUUUCAUGGAUGCUUUUCUGAAUUUCAUGGAGAUGACAUUCUAGGAGACUGUUGAGCUUCGCUUAAGUACUUGCUCAGAUUGCUUUAGCUUUUAGCUAAAGCAAUUGCUUUAAAGCUUUUAGCUAAAGCAAUUUCUUUUAACGGUAAGACUGCUAAAAAAUGCCCUGAACUGUCAAGUGGUUUUUAUCAAUCGCUGUUCCAAUUUAAAGUGACCCUUUAAUGACUUUGAUAAGCAUUCUUACAAGUGCUGUUAAAAAAGCAGAAGAAAAAAAACAAACAACAAAAACAAACAGAAAAAAACCACCCCAAACAAACAAACAAACAAAAAAUAAAAAUAAAAAAAGGAAAACCUAGCACUGUGCAAAGAUUCUGGUGAGGUCAUCACAAUCUUUUGCAAGACUGCGAGACUACUGAAAUCCAACAAACCACACAAGAACUAGUUACAGUCUCUUGUAAUCAAAGCCACUCACGUGUUCAAGAAAAUGUUCCGAGCUGGAGGACUGCACACUUUGUAGUUUGUUGCUUUCUAAAUCACAGCUAUUGUUCUGGAUUCCUUACUCAGGUACAGGCAAGUAGAACACAUUUGCUUCUUUGGGAGUAUUUGUGUUAUUAUUGUGCAUUAUCUGUACAUAAUGGCUGUAUCUUGCCAAUCUUCAAAUAUUAUGGAUCAGGAAGAAAACUGCUCUAAGGUUUACAUCCUACCUAAUGUUUUCUGUUUGCUGUCAUCUGCCUGGGAGCUUUUGUGUAUUGUUGGUUGAUACCAUCAGCCAGAUUUGUGGCAUAUUAUUUACCCACUACAUGAGAAAAUAGGCUUGUACCUAGUCUGCUGUUGGUAGAUUUUAAUUCUCAGUUCACAGUUGUUUUCUAGCCAAGCCAAAUUGUUUGCAUUUAAAUGAAAAACUUGCAACGUCUUGGAUUUGAGUUAGCUGUAUUCCGUAUGAGAUCAUUUAGAAAGCAGGAUUUUAGCAUGUCUGACUAUGAGUCUGGAGAACUACUGUGUUUUUUUCUCAGCACAAGGGAGUCCAAAUUAAGCACAUGUGUUACAUGAUAGUAUUGGUGGUGAGACAAACCAAAACAUGGAUGUGACUGUCGGCUAAUGAAACAGAAAAAAAAAGAUAUUCCAUAAACAUGCACUUCCUUUCCCUCCUGGUUUCUUUUCUUUAGUCAUUUUAGGAGAGGCACAUUUUCUUGUGAGAUUAUAAGAUCUGUGUGAGAAACGUACAGGAAAUCGGUCACGAAAAACACUUUUUUCAGCACAGUUACAGUAGCCCUGCGGUUCUUUAGCCCUAAAACAAGGAUGCAUCUCUCACUUACAGCUGUGAGCUACACUAUACUGUCCACAGUUGCUAACUACCUUUCCUAGCUUCCUGGGCCUGCACUGCCUAGAGGCAGUUGUGUUCUCAGAACGGGAGUUUGGAAGUAUUUGCACAAGACUAGAAUCAAGCAAAGUUUACACAGAGGCUGGAUGUCAUACAGACUUGUCAUAAAAUGGACAAGUAACUGAUAAAAAUAUGGAAAGUUCUUAGCUUAACUGUGCUUCUAGUCUGCUGAAGUGACCUCUGAUGAACAAUUUUAAUGUUGUGCCUCUGUAUUUGCCUGAGACUUCUGUAAAGGCAAAUAAGCAAUCUGCAGAACUUCAUAACUACACCAACACUGUAGACAUAUUUCCUUGUAAAACACAUUUUAUAUGAUAAAGAGGGUUUACUAUCUGUACCACAAAACUUACAAAAAUUUUGGCACAGCUUUGAUUAGUCCCCCUGCUUGCUGGCUGAUUUAUUUCGUUGGGAGCUAGCCUUGACCUGCGGUUUUCUGUACUGCACUUCUUAUCAAUGACUCUCAGAUUACAACUCAUAUUCUAAGAAAGCUUAUUGUAUUGAAGAUGUUGGUUAAAAAAAUCAUUACAAGUUGCCAAAUCAGUCAUCUUUAUGAAGGUGAAUAGUGGACUGAAUAUAUAGCAAAUUUUCUUUUGGGAAAGCCUGUUUAAUUCAAAGCUCUCUAGAAAGAUGUUUUAAAACAACAUACUAAAAUAUAUCAGUCAUGUGAUUCAUAUGCUCUGUGUACAUUAAGUAUUCAUGAAGCAACAAUGUGCUUUAUUUUAAACUGAAUUUGAUAGAUGGCUGUGUCGAUAAUUGUGUCCAGGUUAUUUAAAAAAGUCAAGUAAAACUUGAAUUUUUAGGGCAUUCCAUGGUUGC